AUGGUAGAACAGAAACUUGUAUUAAAAAAUAUCGAGAUCAAAACUAACCACGAUUACAGUCUUCAAUUGAAUCGAUGGUACCUCAAACCAAUCGGCGCUUGGCCACUAACAAGCGCGCCAAGCGCCGCUAAAAAAAUCAUGGUGUUAGUACAAAUCCUCGUUUGUUGGGCGAUAGUGUGUUCUAUUAUGAUACCGUGUACAUUAUACGUGUUCUUCGAGAAAGUGAGCAUCCGGUCGAAAUUGGGCGCUAUUGCUCCAUUACUUAACAGAAUUAUGGGCUCGGUGAAUUAUUGGGUGCUGCUCCAACAAAGAGGCAACAUUCGCAUUUGUGUAGAACGCAUGGAGGCGGAUUGGGGGUUGAUACGAAAAGCCGAUGAUCGCGAGGUGAUGCUGCAGCACGCCCAGUUCGGUCGCGUGAUUGCCGUGAUCUGUGCAAUAAUCAUGCAGGGCGGUACAUUCCUUUAUGGUGUAGCCAAGGCAGUGCAAACAGUCACCAUCAUAGUCGGUAACGAGACUAUCACAAUGCAUCCAAUGACGUGUCCAAUAUACAGCAAGAUCAUCGACAUAAGAUUCAGCCCUGUGAAUGAGAUCGUGCUGCUUGUGCAAAUCAUGUCGACAUUUAUAGUGAGUUCCUCAACAGUCGGUGUUUGCAGUUUAGCCGCUGUCUUCGCAACGCAUGCUUCUGGUCAAUUGAACAUACUGUACAUGCGGUUGAAUGAACUUACGGACCAGAAAGAGGAAAAUCAUGUGACCGAGCAGAAAAUGAUUGGCAUCGUCGAGCAUCACCUGAAAAUAUUAAAUUUUAUAUCGCGCGUAGAGGAUAUUAUGCAUAAAGCCUGUCUCGUGGAAUUAAUGGGAUGUACAAUAAUUAUGUGUUUACUUGGAUACUAUGUCCUUAUGAAUUGGGGUACGUUUGAUGCAGCACAAAUAACUUCUUAUAUUAUAGUGUAUGUAUCAAUGGCUUUUAAUAUUUUUAUAUUUUGCUACAUUGGCGAGAUUCUCAUCGAAAAGUGCAAACUUGUCGGUCAAGUGGCGUAUAUGACUAAUUGGUAUAACUUACAUCACAAGACUGCACGUGGUCUCAUCUUGAUUAUUGCACGAUCGAGUAACGUCAUCAAAAUAACCGCAGGAAAAAUAAUUCAAUUGUCUAUUGCAACUUUCGGUGAUGUAUUUAAGACCUCUAUAGCAUAUUUGAAUAUAUUACGAACGAUGACAACAUAAAACAUAUCUAAG